AAAGUUCUUGGAGAGUCAAAUAUUUAAAUGUGCUAAAAUAGCAGUGCCGUGCCAUUUGAUAAUCUUUUGGCUGAAGUUCCCAUGUGAAACCGUGAAACGUUUGCCGCCUGCGGGAAAAAACGAGCCUUGUACGCGCGUCGUUUUCGUUGUUGUUUUUUGUUUUUGCGUUUUUCCCUAAUCAAAUUCUGGCCAAAAUGUGGUCAAAAAGUGUGCGAUAAUCGAUGUAAAUAAAAAAAAAACGUGAAACAAAAAAAAAUACAAGUUAAAAAAGUGCCAAAACAACAAAUGUGGCAACAAUUUGGCCAUUUCUGCGUGUAUGCUGUUGUUUGAGCCUGGGCCCAAAACAAUCGACAACAACAACAGCAACAACCACAGUGGGAAACAACUUAAGCGAAUACAACAAAAAAAAAGAAGGAAAAUACGAAAAUAAUAUCUAAGAGAUUCACUUAACGACCAAUAAAGUAAACCCGACCCGACGCGACGCGACGCGACGCGAUGUUCAAGUGCAUUCCAAUCUUCAAGGGCUGCAACCGGCAGGUGGAGUUCGUGGACAAGCGCCACUGCUCCCUGCCGCAAGUGCCCGAGGAGAUACUACGCUACUCGCGUACCCUCGAGGAGCUCUUCCUGGACGCCAAUCACAUCAGGGACUUGCCCAAGAAUUUCUUCAGAUUGAAUCGCCUGAGAAAGUUGGGGCUGAGUGACAAUGAAAUUGGACGCCUGCCGCCGGAUAUACAAAAUUUUGAAAAUCUUGUCGAGCUCGAUGUUUCACGCAAUGACAUACCCGACAUUCCCGAUGACAUCAAGCAUCUGCAGAGCCUCCAGGUGGCGGACUUCAGCUCGAACCCGAUACCCAAACUGCCGUCGGGCUUCACACAGCUGAAGAACCUGACGAUACUGGGCCUGAACGACAUGUCGCUGACGACCUUGCCGGCGGACUUUGGCAGCCUCACGCAGCUCGAGUCGCUGGAGCUGCGCGAGAAUCUGCUCAAGCAUCUGCCGGAGACAAUAAGCCAACUGACGAAGCUCAAACGCCUCGAUCUGGGCGACAACGAAAUCGAGGAUCUGCCCCCAUAUCUGGGCUAUCUGCCGGGUCUGCACGAGCUCUGGCUGGACCACAACCAGCUGCAGCGACUGCCCCCAGAGCUGGGGCUGCUGACGAAACUCACGUACCUCGAUGUGUCCGAGAAUCGGCUGGAGGAGCUGCCCAACGAGAUCAGCGGUCUGGUGAGCCUCACGGACCUCGAUCUGGCACAGAAUCUGCUCGAGACACUGCCCGACGGCAUAGCCAAACUGAGUCGUCUGACCAUCCUCAAGCUGGACCAAAAUCGAUUGCAGCGAUUGAACGAUACCCUGGGGAACUGCGACAAUAUGCAGGAGCUUAUCCUGACAGAGAACUUCCUCUCGGAGCUGCCGGCCUCCAUCGGGCGGAUGACGAAGCUGAGCAAUCUGAAUGUGGAUCGGAAUGCCCUGGAGUAUCUGCCGCUGGAGAUCGGCCAGUGCGCCAAUUUGGGUGUCCUCAGUUUGCGCGACAACAAGCUGAAGAGGCUGCCCCCAGAGCUGGGCAACUGCACGGUGCUGCAUGUGCUGGAUGUGAGCGGGAAUCAGCUGCUGUAUCUGCCCUACUCGCUGGUCAAUCUGCAGCUGAAGGCUGUGUGGCUCUCGGAGAACCAGUCGCAGCCGCUGCUCACCUUCCAGCCGGACACGGACGCGGAGACGGGCGAGCAGGUGCUCUCCUGCUACCUGUUGCCCCAGCAGGAGUACCAGCCGAUUACCCCAGACUAUCCAGCCACGACGCUUUAUAGAUCAAGCGAAAAGUUCGAUUCAAUGGAAUUCUUCAGUUAUCAACAGAAAGCACGCGAUCUGGAAUCGGACUCGGAACCGUUCGAGGAGCGAGAGCCAUCCCGCACGGUGGUCAAGUUCUCGGAGGAGGCCACCCAGGAGAAGGACACGCCCUUCGUGCGCCAGAACACGCCGCAUCCCAAGGAUCUCAAGGCCAAGGCGCAAAAGCUGAAGGUGGAGCGCAGUCGCCACGAGGAGCAUGCCAAUCUGGUGACGCUGCCAGAGGAGAAUGGCACCAAAGUAGCGGAGACGCCAACCGAGACGCGCACCCUGGCAAAUAAUCACCAACAGGCGCCACCGCAGCCAGUGCAGCAACCGGUCGUUGGUGUAAAUUCCAAGCAGACCUCCUCCAACAACAGCAUUCCAACAGGUGCCCCUGCAGCACCAGCCGCAGACAACAACAGCAGCAAAGGCAGCAGCCACAACAACACAAAGGCGGCACCACCAGCAGCUGUUGUUGAGAUUGUGGCAGCAGCUGCAACGGUGGCCGCAGCCUCCGAAGAUGUGCCGGACGACGAAGAGCAGGAAGAUGAAUUCGAAUCCGAUCGCCGUGUGGGCUUUCAGGUGGAGGGCGAGGACGAUGACUUUUACAAACGUCCACCGAAACUCCACAGAAGGGACACUCCCCAUCAUUUGAAGAACAAACGCGUUCAGCAUUUAACCGACAAGCAGGCCAACGAAAUACUGGCCAACGCCUUGGCCACCCAGGAACGCAACGAAACCCCCACACCGCCGCACUCAUCGCUGGGCAAAGUGACGUCGCCCAUCGAGGAGGAGGAGAACGCCGAUAUCGAUGUCGAUUCCGAGGGGCAAGAGUCACAGUCCCAGACCCAGACCCAGCAUCCAUUCGACGUCUCCCUAUCGCCCAUACCCAUAGCCACAAACGAGACAAAGGAGGGAGGGACACAAGAUAACUUGGAUGGCGUCACGGAGCUGCGUUUGGAGCAGUACGAGAUCCACAUUGAGCGCACGGCGGCGGGACUCGGCUUGAGCAUUGCCGGUGGCAAGGGUUCGACACCGUUCAAGGGCGACGACGACGGCAUCUUCAUAUCACGGGUCACCGAGGCGGGACCCGCCGACCUGGCCGGCCUCAAAGUCGGCGACAAAGUGCUCAAGGUCAAUGGGAUUGUCGUGGUCGAGGCGGACCACUAUCAGGCGGUGCAGGUGCUCAAGGCCUGCGGCGCUGUCCUCGUGCUGGUGGUGCAGCGUGAGGUGACGCGUCUGAUUGGCCAUCCGGUGUUCAGCGAGGACGGCAGUGUGUCACAGAUCUCCGUGGAGACGCGUCCUCUGGUGGCCACAGAGGUGCCACAGCCGCAGCAAGAGAGAUACAUUCCAGCGCCCAUCGAGAUAAUGCCCCAGCAGCAGCAGCAGCACCAGCAGCAGCAGUUCCAGCAGCCACAACAGAUGCUGCAGCAGCCUGUAGUCCAGCAAAUGGUGGCUCCGGCGCAUGGCUAUUCCGCUAAUGUGUUUGCCACGCCCCCAGCUGUACAGAGCAUCGUGGAGCCGGCCCCCAAUGGGCUGCUACCGAAUGGCAGGGAAGCUGCUCCGUUGAGCUACAUCCAGCUGCACACGACGCUGAUACGCGAUCAAAUCGGCCAGGGACUGGGCUUCAGCAUUGCCGGGGGCAAGGGCUCGCCACCGUUCAAGGACGAUUGCGAUGGCAUUUUCAUAUCACGCAUCACGGAGGGCGGACUGGCGCAUCGCGAUGGCAAAAUCAUGGUCGGCGACCGGGUGAUGGCGAUUAACGGCAACGAUAUGACGGAGGCGCAUCACGAUGCGGCCGUGGCCUGCCUCACCGAGCCGCAGCGCUUUGUGCGGCUCGUCCUGCAGCGCGAGUACCGCGGCCCCCUAGAGCCGCCGACAAGUCCGCGCAGUCCCGCCGUGCUCAACUCGUUGAGUCCAUCCGGCUAUCUGGCCAAUCGUCCAGCCAACUUCCAGCGGUCUGCGGGCGAUGUCAGUUACGUCGAGCAGCCGUACAAGUACAACACAUUGGCCACCACCACACCCACACCCACCACACUUGCAUCCGCAGCUGUGGCACCUGUGGCAGCCAACAACAACAACAAUAACAACACGCUGCCAAGCAGCAAAACGAAUGGAUUUGGUGCUGCCGCCGGCACUGCGAUAGUGCUGGACAAGACGACGGGCCAGCCAGUGCCCGCCCCGAGGCGCACCAAUUCCGUGCCCCUGGGGGACGCCGAGAGUGUGGCGCCCAAUGGGGCGGCCUCCACCGCCAGCGGUGAUUCGGGCGAGGCUCAGUCCUCCUCGUUGCGACCGCUGACCAGCGAUGAUUUUCAGGCGAUGAUACCGGCCCACUUCCUCAGCGGCGGCAGUCAGCAUCAGGUGCAUGUGGCACGGCCCAAUGAGGUGGGCGUCAGCGCUGUAACGGUGAAUGUGAACAAGCCGCAGCCCGACCUGCCCAUGUUCCCGGCCGCGCCCACCGAACUGGGGAAAGUCACCGAGACCAUCACCAAGUCCACGUUCACGGAGACGGUGAUGACGCGCAUCACCGACAAUCAGCUGGCGGAGCCCCUGAUCAGUGAGGAGGUUGUACUGCCCAAGAAUCAGGGCUCGCUGGGCUUCAGCAUCAUCGGCGGCACGGAUCAUUCCUGUGUGCCGUUCGGCAAUCGUGAGCCUGGCAUCUUCAUCUCACACAUUGUGCCUGGCGGCAUUGCCUCAAAGUGCGGCAAGCUGAGGAUGGGCGAUCGUAUACUGAAGGUGAACGAUGCGGAUGUGUCCAAGGCAACGCAUCAGGAUGCGGUCCUGGAGCUACUGAAGCCCGGAGAUGACAUCAAACUGACCAUACAGCACGAUCCACUGCCACCUGGUUUCCAAAAAAUUGAAGUAGAGUAUGUAAAGACCGAGGAAGUUCUCCUGAGCAAGGCCGAGAACGAGCGCCUGGGCAUGCACAUCAAGGGCGGCCUCAACGGACAGCGCGGUAAUCCCGGGGAUCCCUCCGACGAGGGUGUGUUCGUCUCCAAAAUCAACUCGGUGGGCGCCGCCAGACGCGACGGAAGGCUUAAGGUGGGCAUGCGGCUGCUGGAGGUUAACGGACACUCCCUGCUGGGUGCCUCGCAUCAGGACGCGGUCAAUGUCUUGAGGAACGCCGGCAACGAGAUCCAGUUGGUUGUCUGCAAGGGCUACGACAAAUCCAAUUUAAUUCAUUCCAUCGGCCAGGCGGGCGGCAUGAGCACCGGCUUCAACUCCUCUGCAUCCUGCAGCGGUGGCAGUCGUCAAGGCUCUCGCGCCUCGGAAACGGGCUCGGAGCUCAGUCAAAGUCAGAGCGUAUCCAGUUUGGAUCACGAAGAGGAUGAGCGACUGCGACAGGACUUUGACGUGUUUGCCACACAGAAGGUGGCGGAGUCCGAGGCGGAGCCAACGAGUCAGACGGGUCUGGCAGCUGCUGCUGCCCUGGUGCAUGGCGCCCCAUCGCCCGUACCCACCACACCUACGCCGCCUGUGGCAGCCGCUGACUUGGCCCCGCCAUCGGACACAACAGCCGCCCAGACCGUGGCUCUCAUUCACGCAGAACAGGCCCACCAGCAGCAGCAGCAACAGCCGCAGACGCAGUUGGCGCCGUUGGGUCAGGAGAAGAGCACCCAGGAGAAGGUGCUGGAAAUUGUACGCGCCGCAGACGCCUUCACCGCCGUGCCACCGAAAUCCCCGUCCGAGCACCAUGAACAGGAUAAAAUACAAAAGACGACGACGGUUGUCAUAUCGAAGCAUACGCUCGACACGAAUCCAACCACACCGACAACGCCGUCAGCGCCGUCAGCACUCCCGCCCAUUGGCUCUGCAGCGGAGUCAGUGACCGCCGUUGCCCCUGGAGCUGCCGCCGUGCCAGCACCCACUACGACUCCCACUCCUGCUCCAGUGCCCGCUGUGGCUGUGCAGACGCAGACCCCCUCCGAGGACAAGGAUGAGGCUGAGCUGGUGCUACAGCAACGUGGAACCCAGACGCCCGAACGCCUGACCCCAGGUGCACGUUUCUCCUACCAGCAGAUGCUGGAGCAUCAGGAGGAGAGCCGGAACAGUGCAAAGGCCCAGUCAGAGAAGCCCAAGAAGGCCGAACCCGUGUACAUCAUCGAUGAUGAGGAUGACGACGACGAAGAGGACGAUGAUGGCUCCCGUCAGCAUCUGGACGACAUCGAUGCCAUCGAAGAGGAGGACGAAGAGGAAGUGGAGAGCUCUCCGCCCCUGGAUCUGCAGUCCCCACCUUCCUAUGCGGAGUCCGACUCCGAUUGCUUCGAUCGUCGCCGGGGACGAUACACCAGCGACUCGGAGAGCGACUGUCGACCGUAUAAGCCUUCGAGAUCGGGUCGCAGUACACCAGAGUACGGUGGAGGGCAUCGCAAAUCCGUGAGCUUUGACCUCAGCGGCGAUGAGCGCUCCCGAUCGGACUUCGAACGCUCGAGGUCCCGAACACCGGAUGGCUAUACGCGGGCCUACGAUUCCGAGCAGGAUAGUCGAGGCAAUUCGCGGAACCGUCUGCCGCGGAAGGGCAUCCUUCGGGCCACGAGCCCGUCUUCGUCGACCAGCUCCACCCUGGAGCGUCGUCCGGAGAAGGGGGCGCCCAUUGUGCCGACUGUGGCCCGCAUCAUAGAGGUGGAGUCCCCGCAGGUGCAGCGCGUGUCGAGGGCCACUUCGCCGGAACGACCCGGGGAACUGGAGCGGGAGAAUCCCUUCCGCCAUACCCCCAUAGAGGACGAUGAGUACACGCAGAUCGCCAAGGCAAUCAACAGGUCUCCGCGGUCACCCCGCUCCCCCCGGGAUCAGUUCUUCUUCGGUUCCGCCCGCUCCAGCGAGGAUCUGCUCGAGCAAUCCUUUUCCAGUGGACGCAGCACCCCCAACACCGUGAUAUCCAAAUCGACGGAGAACCUGACGGGCACGCGGCCGAAGGUGCCGCCCAAGCCGCAGGUGAAGAAGGCGGAUCUGGUGCGAAACGUGGCCCUGGAGACGUUCCAGGCCAGCGAUGUGGGCCAGGGGGACUUCACGGUGUUCGAGCACGACGCCAGCACCAACACCAUCCAUCCCGUGGGCGCCAAGGUGCCGGUGCGCGUGUCCACAAAGACGCCGCCGCGGCCGCGUGAGAGUCCACCGCCGCCGCCCGUCAACUAUUCCACCCUGCCAAAGAUUCCGGUGCCCAGCACGCCCACGGUGCUGGAGGAGUCGCUGUAUAUGGAGGCCCUGCCACCGGUGCCACCGUCGCAGCGCCGUCCCCACGAGUUUGUGCACGAGAACUCGCCGGACAACAUCCUGGUGACGCCGCAGGAGCAUCGCGAGUACCUGCUGCGGGAGAACGAGCUGCGGAACCAGCUGCGGGCGCCCUACGAUCCCGCGCCGCCCAUACCCAUUGCGGGCAGCGGGAGCGGCGGCUAUGCGGUAACGAAUCCCUUCCUAGAUAGUUGCGACACUGACAUUGACAGCCUGCCACUGCCACCACCGCCCACACCGCCCACCGAACAGGCAGCACCACCACAGCUACACCACUACCUCGAACACCAACAACAACACCACCACCACCACCCCACUCGUCAUUUGCAUGAGCCGCCUGCGCCUCCACUAACCGCUGCCGCCACUAACGCAUCAACGUCUCCAUUUUCUUCCUCCGCCUCCGCCGCCGCCGCCGCCACCGGCUGCCUCCUGAUGGAUGCCGCCUCGCGUUCGCCGCAACAGCUGCUGGUCGCCGGGUCGCCCACACAGAUCUUUCCCACGGCCCAAAUACUGCCCGUGCAGUAUGCGAGUCUCCCGCAACCGCAACAGCCGAAUACGCUUACAUUGACACCGCCUCAGACCCAGGCACAGACACAGGCAAAGUCCCCGUCCCAGACACAGUCCCACCUCCAGAGUCCGCCCCAAACGCAGCCCAUUUUCAACUUUGUGCUGCUGCCCGGCGACCAGGGUCAAGUGUCAUCGCUCUACCUGCAAUCGGUGCAGCAGAAUCCGUCAACACCUGGCGGCCAGGAGGCGGCAGAGCCCACACCGACACCCACAAAAGUGCCUAAAUCGGUUUCCGAUAAAAAACGCUUCUUCGAAUCAGCCAUGGAGGAUCAGCACAAGCCCACACAAAAGACAGAGAAAGUUUUCUCAUUCCUGUCAAAGGACGAAGUGGAAAAGUUGCGACAGGAGGAGGAGAAGAAAAUUGCAACAUUGCGCCGUGAUAAGAAAUCCAGAUUAUUGGAUGCAGCCAAUGACAACAUUGACAAGGACGCUGCCAGUCAUACCGAUAAGCGCUAUGAUAACGCCGGCAACAGCAGCGGCAGCGGCAACGACGACGAUGAGGAUGAGAACGACGGAGACGACAGCGACCAGGAGGCUAACGCACGAGAGGAUGCCGUCGACAAUGCCGCCUUGGGGCGCUUCGAUGAGGCGGAAGACAUGAGAACCGCACAAAGUCUGGCGCCGACACUGCCGCACGCCCCCAUCAAAGUCAGCAAAAUCCCCAAGCAGAAGCAGAAGGAGAAGGUAAAAGCGAAGGCGGCUCCCAUCAAGCCUGCCACGGCAACUGAUCCGCCCAAGCCCUCGCUGCUGCCGAAGCCAAAGGUCAAAGUUGUCAUUCCGCCAGCACUGCAGCAGCGCCUCAAGCAGCAGCAGGAGCAACAGCACCAGCAACAGCAGCAAUCCCAGCCAGAGGAGCCCACCAUACCCGAGGACCAUGAGGAGGCAUCUCCCACCAGCAGUCGGAUACCCGUGCGCACCUUGAAGGCUGAACGCCGCGCCCUGGCAGCGGCCGCCCGGCAGGCGGGCCUCGGUGUCGACGAGUACAUAAGGCGGCUGGAGGAGGAGCGACUCCAGGGCGAGUCGCCAUCAUCGCCAGCGUCUCCGACAACGCCCACAGGCAAGAGCCGGGCCAUGAUUAACUCUGAGAAGCGUGCCUCCUGGAGGGCAGCCCGUCUCCGGUCCCUCGAACAAGGCGCCGUCGAGGCCCAGGAUGUCAUCAAGAAUAUGCGCAAGGUGACCGAUGAUCUGAUCACGCACGAGUCGAGGGCCAGCGAGGCUCAGCCGAAAAUAGUAUUUCCAAAAAUUGCCAUUAAAUCAAGCGACGGUCCAGUAAUUGUACGCGAACGCGAGAAAAUACUCGACGAGAAAAUCGUGCGCCGCACUGAGGAGGUUGCCUGCCCCAUAACGGGGCGACCUCAACUGCGGACCGUCGAGUACAUUGAGAAAAUCAUCGAAACGGAGGUGGAGACCUGCAAGGAGCGUAUCAUUUCACUGGAGCUGCAGGUGCCCGAGUCGGAGGACGGCACUUUGGACGACACACAGCCGCCAUUCGAACUGGAGGAGGAGGAAGAUGAUUUCGAAGAUGCUGCAGAAGAUGACGACGAUGACGACGACGAGGAUGAAGAAGAAGAGGAGGAGGAAGAAGAGGAAGAGGAAGAUACCGCCUCUAUUGUUACCGUCCAGGGCAAUAAUGAGAAACUGUUUUUGCGACACGAUUCGGAUGCCUACGGACCGUCCUCCAUCGAGAGCGUCACAUCCGGCAAGAUGCGCAUCAAGCCCACGCCGCUGUCCCUCCACCAGACACUGGCCAAGGAGACGACCAUCGUGGAGGUACUAAAUCCCGUCAUCGGGGGCGAUGGCACUGCCCGCACCAUCCACGUGAGCGGGGUGCCGUUUGACGAUGACGAAUUCGAGCAGGGGGCCGUGUCCGUGCUGCGUAGCGAAACAUUUGUAUUGCCCCAGAGCGGCGGAGGCGUUGUGGGCGGCAGGUCUGAGCUGUCAUUAAAUGCAAAAAUGAAAACUGUGCUCGAGGAGCUGCUGGAGAACGAGCGCGUCAAAUUGAAUUUACAGAAGAGCCUCGAGGAGCACAGCGACAACGACAACGAUGAGGAGGAUGGGGAGGAUGCUUUUGGCGAUGCGAGGGACGACGACGAGAGGAGCGCCUACGGUGAUGCCAUGGACGAUGUUGUUGACUUUGGUGCUGCCCCGGUCACAACCCGUGGAACUAAUGACCAGGAUGAUGCCGCGAACGGCAAUCAGCAGCUGCUCGAGGAGCUGAUAAAGGACAGCAACCGCAACACAAUCAUUGCUAAAUUGGCAGGCCAAUUGUCCGACGAUGAUGACGAGGAGGAUGACGACGAGGAGGACGAAAGCAGCGACUCAUCAGACGAGGACAGCGACGACUCUGACGAGGAGGACAAUGCCGAAGAGCAGCUGAAUGUUACCUAUGUGCAGGGCGCCCAGGUAAUCGAGAAUCUCAAUACGCUGGCCACCGGCGGCAAGCUCCAAAAGUCGCAAACCUACACCACCAUGAAGCAGGCCGAGGAGGAACACCCCCAAGCCGCACCCGAACCCGAAACUGAAGCUGUCGCUGAGGCUGAUCCCACUCCAACGGAAUCCCAGUGCGGCGCCGACACUCUGGCCCAGCUGCAGGCCGAACAGCGUGCCCUGGCCGAGAUCUCAAAGCAGCUGCGCAAGUCUGUCGAGGAUUUGCUCAGCGCCGAUGGUGGCACUGUGGUGGAGACACAGCGCACCUACACCCUGCCCGCUGCCAGCGACAGUGCGGCGGUGGUAACCGUCACGGAGGUGGUGAGGAAAGAGAAGAAAAAGGUAUCCUCGGAGUCGGGCGAGGCUCUGUUCAACCGUCUGCUGAGUGCCGGCGAGGCGGAGCGCCAGAUCUUCGACAAGCAGCAGGGCGAGACCAUCACGACAACCACCACGACCACAGAGGCUGUAACUAGCGCCGGACAGGGAGCGACAUCAGCCGCGGCGGCGGCAGCGGCAGCGUCAGCUGGUGAGCCAAGUACCAGUGUGGUGACCACCACGAGGACCGUGUCCAAUAUUGUUACCAGCGGCAUUCCACGACCGGAGAGCACUGCCAAGCAGCAGAGCAAUCGCGGUGGCAAUGGCAGCAAUAACCGCAACAAGAACAAGCGCAAGGGAAAGAAGAAAUAGGAAAAAGAAUAAAAAGAAGGAAGGAGGAGAUGAUAUUGCGUAUACGCCAUGUGGUUCGUAUGUGAUUUCCCACUUCAAGCGCACACCCACACACAGACACACAGACACUGUCCAUUAUUUUCCCACUAAUUGUAUACAUAUGUAAAUAUAUGUAUUGUAUGUACAGUACGAUGUACGCAUAUGUAUUGAUAAUUUUAAUUAAUUGUGCAAAUAACGUGUCCCCUGCCUUUACAAAAACUCAUUUGUUACUAAUCAUGAAGCAAAAUAUUUUCAUUGCAAAUUAAAAACAAAAAAAGAUGAAAAUUGUCCAGAGUUUAAUCGUAUAUUUUAAUGUUGUGCAGCAACCACAAAAAGACACCACAUCAGCCCCGAACCGAAGCCCUCAUAAAAGAUAUGUAUUAAUACAACCAGAAACAAAAAUCUUAUUUAAUUGAAUUAAAUAAUUUCAUUUUGUUUGCAUUUAACUAUCAUUUGCAUAUUGCAUACGUAUGUACACUAGUUUGUCCCUGCAUCAUACUGCAUUUUCCGAAUGGGCUUCGUUUUUUUUUUAAUUUCUGCCAAUUUAAUUUGCAUUUUAUGUUUUAGCACAAGAAAUAAUACGAGUCGCUGCAGCGGUCUGAAGUAUUCACGAUGACUUGAUCUGAUCCUUCUGUCAGCAUUCCGAUUGCCCGCAUUUUUCGGGGCAUACUCCUCUUAGUUGUAUCCAUAAGCAAAACGAUUCGAGACGAAGCGAAAACAGACACAAAUCAAAAAUCGUAAUCGUACUAUUAAUCGUAAAUAAUAGUGAAUAGCAAUCUGUAAGUGCAUCGUCCAGUUGUAAUCCCUAGCAAGUAAACACACAAUGCAUAAGCACAACUACGAGUAUGAACUGUCGACAUCCUAAAGCGAUAUCAGUUUCAACUUUUAUAUAAAUGUAAAUGUAAAAAUCUUUACAAGCAAUUUUAUGUAAUACCUACCUAUGAUAUUUAGUGUGUAAACUCAACUUUUUAUUGAAACGAAACUAAGAGAAAAGCGAAAAACGAAACACGAAUGAUAAUAAACCAAUUGUAUGCAUUUUUAUUUAAA